CAAUGUUCUAGUUUGACAGGAAAUCCCUUCCCCCCCGGCUGCCACGCCACUCGUUCCCCACCCCACCGCCGCCGCCGCACCGCCCCAACCCGAUCGCCGCCGCUACCCCUACCCCUGGGCAACACCUCCCAUCCCAAACCAUGCCGCCACCGCUGCAAACCCCACCACCUCCGCCCAAACCCUAGAGCCGCCGCAACCCUCCCGCAGCCGCCGCCUAGGGCCUAGGAGGAGGAGGCGAGGCGGCGGCGCUUGGUCCUGGGAGAAGGAGGGCCGCGAGUUGCGUCCGGGGAGAAGGAGGGCAAUCAAAGGAGCUGGGUCGGUGCCGCCGUUGGGCAAGGAAGUCUCAACGGGGAAAGGAGACUGCGCAUCGACGGAGAUAGAAGGGGAAGAGGUGCCGCUUCGCAUUUCGCAAGCAAGGCUUGAAGGACCACAGCGAUGGACACCUCCAGCAGCCGCCGCCGCCGCCGGUGCAUGAAUCCUUGCUCAUCACCAUCCGCGCCCGGUGAGGAGAGGGACUGGGCAGCGCUGCCCCAUGAUGUCCUGUUCAACAUCUUCCUCAGGCUGGGGUCCUGUGAGAUCAUGUGGGGUGCGGAGGGUGUCUGCAAGGCAUGGCGGCAUGUUGUGGUCGAGGAGCCUAAGCUGUGGCGCCACAUUCACAUCACGGCGGUUCCGGAAUGGUCGUCCAUUGACGUUGCUGUGCGCGACGCUGUGGACCGCAGUGCGGGUCUGUGCGAAGCCUUCUCAGGACCAUGGGACGAUGAGUCGCUGCUCUAUCUGGCUGAAAGGUCACCUUCUUUGAAACAUAUGCAUCUGUCACAUGAUGAGUAUGCAUCCUAUGAAGUACUGAUUGAAGCAAUCAAGAAGCUCCCUCUCCUUGAAGAUCUUGAAAUUUCACCCCCAUAUCAUCAAAUUUGUGCCUCAGAGAGGUUUUUCGAGUCUAUAUGCAAAGCCCGUCCUCUUCUCAAGAAUCUCAAAAUAAGGUUCACUAUGCCUUCUGGCUAUACUUUUGGUCAUGCUGUGCUCGAGGAAUGCGUUGAUGGAGACAUCUAUAGGACUCCAAUGAUGUGCGAGUUACGCACCUUACAGUUGUCCAACUAUGUCUUCUCUGGUCUGGCACUUACUGCUAUCCUCGACAAUUGCCCUCUACUAGAGUCACUCAACAUCACUGGCCUUUUUGUGGAUGGCUCCAUGGAUGCGGAGUUGCGGGCAAAAUGUGCUAGAAUUAAGAACUUGAGUCUUCCUGAUUGCUCAGAUGAUGAAUAUGAAGAUGAAGGGCCUGAUGAAGAUGAAGACGAAGAGGCUGAAGAAGAUGAUGAUGACGAGUUCUAAAAAAAAUCCUGACAGUGAUGACAGUCGAGAAUAUGAAAAGUGGAAGAGUGCAUUGCAUCAUCAGUAUUGGUUACUUCCUUGAUGAACCCAAUUAUAUAUUAUCGUAGGGAUCUUGGUUGCGACAGUUCGACCAGUUAGAAAUGAUAUCAACUGUGACCACUGGAUAGCCUUAAACGUUAUGAGGCAAUGGAACUUUUUCACUUUGAAGUCUGUUACGUUUACUUUUUAAUCUAUGCCACGUUGUAAAUCUUGAGCCUGCAGUUCCAGCUUCCGCACUGUGGGGAUCCCUCUCCAUCCUUGAUUGAGUCAUGUGCAUUGUACAUGAUACGCUAACUUGUUUUGGCUCUACUAUUCUAGCGGUUGCUCUUAGCCUGUUUUAUGAUAA